AUGCCCGCCCGCGCCCUCUAUCCGCGCGCCCCGCCGCGCCGCCCCCGGCCGCUGUCUCCGCUGCUGCUCCUGCUGCUGACCCUGGGCGGCCGCCUGCGCGCCGAGCCCGGCGACGGUGUGCGGACCUGGGCCCGUUUCGCGCGUCCCCAGACCCCCGAGGCGGCCGGCCUGCUGCACGACGCCUUCCCCGACGGCUUCCUCUGGGCCGUGGGCAGCGCCGCCUACCAGACCGAGGGCGGGUGGCAGCAGCACGGCAAAGGCGCGUCCAUCUGGGAUACCUUCACCCAUCACCCCCCAGGGCUCCCGCGCGACCCUCCGCUCGCUGGCCGGCCGACGGGAGCCCCGUCGUCCUCCCCGCCCGCCACCGGGGACGUGGCCAGCGACAGCUACAACAAUGUUUUCCGCGACACGGAGGGGCUGCGCGAACUCGGGGUCACCCACUACCGCUUCUCCAUCUCCUGGGCCCGGGUCCUCCCCAAUGGCAGCGCGGGCGCCCCCAACCGAGAGGGGCUGCGGUACUACCGGCGCCUGCUGGAGCGGCUGCGGGAGCUGGGCGUGCAGCCCGUGGUCACUCUGUACCACUGGGACCUGCCCCAGCGCCUGCAGGACGCCUAUGGCGGCUGGGCCAACCGCGCCCUGGCGGACCUCUUCAGGGACUACGCCGAACUCUGCUUCCGCCACUUCGGCAGUCAGGUCAAGCACUGGAUCACCAUCGACAACCCCUACGUGGUGGCUUGGCACGGCUACGCCACCGGACGCCUGGCUCCCGGCGUCCGGGGCAGCGCGCGGCUUGGGUACCUGGUGGCGCACAACCUCCUCCUGGCUCAUGCCAAAGUCUGGCAUCUGUACAAUACUUCUUUCCGUCCAACUCAAGGAGGCCAGGUGUCCAUCGCCCUAAGCUCUCACUGGAUCAGUCCUCGAAGAAUGACUGAUCAUGGCAUCAAAGAAUGCCAGAAAUCUCUGGACUUUGUACUCGGCUGGUUUGCGAAACCCGUAUUUAUUGACGGUGACUACCCUGAGAGUAUGAGGAGUAACCUUUCAUCUCUUCUGCCUGAGUUUACCGAAUCUGAGAGAAAGUUCGUGAAGGGGACAGCUGACUUCUUUGCUCUUUCCUUUGGACCUACCUUGAGUUUCCAGCUGUUGGACCCUCACAUGAAGUUCCGGCAGUUAGAAUCCCCCAGCCUGAGGCAGCUGCUUUUCUGGAUAGACCUUGAAUAUAACCACCCUCCAAUAUUUAUUGUGGAAAAUGGCUGGUUUGUCUCGGGGACCACCAAGAGAGAUGAUGCCAAAUCUAUGUAUUACCUCAAAAAGUUCAUAAUGGAAACCUUGAAAGCCAUCAGACUGGAUGGGGUCAAUGUCAUCGGGUACACUGCGUGGUCGCUCAUGGAUGGCUUCGAGUGGCACAGAGGGUACAGCGUCAGACGUGGGCUCUUCUAUGUUGAUUUUCUAAGCCAGGAUAAGAAGCUGUGGCCCAAGUCUUCAGCCUUGUUCUACCAAAAACUGAUAGAGAAAAAUGGCUUCCCGCCUUUACCUGAAAACCAACCCCUAGAAGGGACAUUUCCCUGUGACUUUGCAUGGGGGAUUGUUGAUAACCACGUGCAAGUAGACACCACCCUGUCUCAGUUUACGGACCCGAAUGUUUACCUGUGGGAUGUCCACCACAGCAAGAGGCUCAUUAAAGUGGACGGGGUGGUGACCAAGAAGAGGAAAUCCUACUGUGUUGACUUUGCCGCUAUCCGGCCCCAGAUCGCCUUGCUCCAGGAGACGCACGUCACCCAUUUCCACUUCUCCCUGGAUUGGGCCCUGGUCCUCCCCUUGGGGAACCAGUCCCAGAUCAACGGCACGGUCCUGCGUUACUACCGCUGCCUGGUCGGUGAGCUGGUCCGUGCCAACGUCACCCCAGUGGUGGCCCUGUGGCAGCCAGUAGCCCCACACCAAGGACUGCCAGGCCCCCUGGCCCAGCGUGGCGCCUGGGAGAACCCCCACACGGCCCUGGCAUUUGUGGAGUAUGCCAGACUGUGCUUUAAGGAGCUCGGCCACUCUGUCAAGUUCUGGAUCACCAUGAACCAGCCACCUACAAGGAACAUGACCUACAGCGCCGGACACAACCUCCUGAGAGCCCACGCGCUGGCGUGGCGUGUGUAUGACGAGAACUUCAGGCGUGCUCAGAAAGGCCAGGUAUCCAUAGCUCUGCAGGCGGACUGGAUAGAGCCGGCCUGCCCUUCCUCCCAGAAGGACAAAGAAGUGGCCGACAGGGUUCUGGAGUUCGACAUUGGCUGGCUCGCCGAGCCCAUUUUCGGCUCUGGAGAUUACCCACAUGUCAUGAGGGAUUGGCUGAGCCAGAGAAACAAUUUUCUUCUCCCCUAUUUCACGGAAGAUGACAAGAAGUUGAUCCAGGGCUCCUUUGACUUUCUGGCAUUAAGCCAUUACACUACCAUCCUUGUCGACUGGGAGAAGGAGGACCCAGGGAAGUACAAUGAUUACCUGGAAGUUCAAGAGAUGACGGACAUCACCUGGCUUAACUCUCCCAGUCAGGUGGCCGUGGUGCCCUGGGGCUUACGCAGAGUGCUGAACUGGCUGAAAUCGAAGUACGGAGACCUCCCCAUGUACGUGAUAGCCAAUGGAAUCGAUGGCGAUCCGCAGGAGACAGAGGACAAGCUGAGGGUGCAUUACAUACAAAACUAUGUAAACGAAGCUCUGAAAGCUUACAUAUUGGAUGGUAUCAAUCUUUGCGGAUACUUUGCUUAUUCACUGAGUGACCGCACUGCUCCCAAGUUUGGCCUCUUUCGUUAUGCCGCGAAUCAGUUUGAACCCAAACCGUCCAUGAAACACUACAGGAAAAUUAUUGACAACAACGGCUUCCUGGGCCCUGGAAGUCUGGGAAGGUUCUGUCCGGAAGAAUUUACCGUGUGCACAGAGUGCAGCUUCUUUCAUUCCAGAAAGACUUUACUGGCUUUCCUAGCUUGUCUAUUCUUUGCUUUUAUUAUUUCCCUUUCCCUAAUUUUUUACUACUCUAAGAAAGGUCGAAGAAGUUACAAAUAG